UCUGUCAAACAUAUUUCAAAAUUCUCAAAUCGCUAACGGAAGAGAGUUGCUCAAACUUAUUUUGAGCUGAAAUAAAAUAAACGUAACAGUGAAAUAAUAAUAGAAGUGAGUGUAAAUUCAUCAAGGGUUAAAACGGAAUAGACUCAAAAUGCAUACCACCAAGAGAAAUAAGCUGUCAGAAUUACAAGGCAUCAUAAGCAAGAUGCCUCUAGAGAUGUUUGGCGCCAUAGCUCUGCCGGAGUUCGGCGUGCCUUGGCGGGAUUUGUCCGCAGCAGUGCGUAACGCGCGUCUACCGAUGUUACCGGCUAGUCUCGCGAGGGUGCUUUGUAAGCAUGUGUCUGCUGAACUGUGUGAGGAGGAAAUUGAAGAUAUCGUUGCGAGGUUGAGGUUGAAAUUGGUAGCAACAAAACCCCGGACGUGGCAUACCAUCAGGCUAUCGGAGGAACUGGGGCCUGUCUCCAUGACAGAUAUUCCGGGCCGGAUCAUACAAGCACUCAAGAAGAAUAAAAGAUUCAUGAGACCAGAUGUUCAAACAGUGCUGCUAGGAGACCUGAUGUUCCUCAGCAUCCAGCUGAUCUCUGAGCAGAAGGAAGGGUCGGUGCUGUACGUGGCCACUCCGCCCGGACAGCCGGUGGCUCUCGUCUCCAGUGUGACUGCUGCGGGGCUGCUCAAGGCUACCGUGGAAGGACUCGGCUACAAGAAAUACGAAAACGCGAAUCUCUCAGGCCGCGACAUACAAUCCCUAUUACGCAUCAACGACCGAGCCUGGAACGCCAACGCCGAACACUUAACGGAAAUACCCGAUUACGCACCCAUCCCCGUCAUUACCGAAAGCGGAAUCGACUACACACACAAAAAAUAUGACGAAGAAUACAUAGAUAAUAUUCUAGGACCAAACCCGCCUAUUAUAACCGAUCUUACUAUUAAUUCGACUAGACCAUUUAUAGAUAGAACUAGGCUGGAUAAGAAUAUAAAAUUAAGUCUUAGUAUACAUACUGAAGAUUUAGCUAAAACGUUAAAAUCUUGGGCGAAUAAAGGCGCCAUUGGUCCGACGUCGGAAUUCUUUCAAUUUUUUCAUAAGAUUAAGUCGAAUAAUAUUAAUUAUUGUAAGGAAGAUUCGGACUGAUUUUUGCCUAAAUUUUCUUCAGAUUAAUCCAUCUAUUGAAAUAGCUAUUACAUGAAAACCCGUGCGUGUUUUUGAGUGCGACUGACUGAAGACAUGAAAGAACGCCAUGUAUCCGGUACAGGGGUCCGAUUCUCCUAAGUUAAUAAUGUCAAAAUUGAAUCGCAAUAGCAGGGCCCCGAUUCUCCUAAUUUUACUUAAAGGGCUUAUUACAUUUGACUAAAUUC